UGUAGUUCCCGUGAAACCACCCCCGGUUAGAUCCUCACACUCGGUCCCAAGCGCUUCAACCUCUUCUCCCAAGCACGUCUCAUUCAUUCUCUUAGAGAAUGGUUGCACUCGCCACUCCAGGCUGUAGCUGUAUUCUCAGCUAGGACCCGCAGCACAGCGAUCCUGCUUUUUAAUUCAAUUGGAAUCUCCAGGGAGCAGUCCUCUGCCUUGAAAAUCUGUAGGACUGAGCGGACUCCCUGGAGCUUUGCACCGAGUAGGUGCUAAAUAAAUAUGCAUGGAACCGACAGAUGGAUGGAAGCGUGGAUGCGCUAGUGCCGGCACGCCUCGUUCGCCACCCUCCUCCCUCGGCUACUGGGUUAAUGGUGCUUAGUCUGGCCAGGCUCCGGAGCAGCCACGUCAGGGUCGCUUCCCCCGGGCCCCGCCCCGGCCGACCCCACCUUGUCGCGCGGCUCCACCCCGCCGCCCCCUUCCCGGCGGCCCCUCCCCGCGCAGGUCCUGACUCCAGCCGCACCUCCUCCGGCUCUGCAGUGGCGGCGAGAAGGCGAGCCGGAGCGCCUGCGGGGUCGGGCCUGAGCAGAGCCGGGGUCGGGGCAGCCGCGAGGACCCCCUGGAGGCGGGGCCUGUGGGACCGCGAUGGGCGUGGAGAUCGAGACCAUCUCCCCGGGAGACGGAAGGACAUUCCCCAAGAAGGGUCAGAUAUGUGUGGUGCACUACACAGGAAUGCUCCAGAAUGGCAAGAAAUUCGAUUCAUCCAGAGACAGAAACAAACCUUUCAAGUUCAGAAUUGGCAAACAGGAAGUCAUCAAAGGUUUUGAAGAAGGUGCUGCCCAGCUGGGUCCUCUUUCUCCUCUCCCAUCUGCCCCCCAUCCCUGCUAGAUGAGCUUGGGGCAGAGGGCGAAGCUGACCUGCACCCCUGAUGUGGCAUACGGAGCUACUGGCCACCCUGGAGUCAUCCCUCCCAAUGCAACCCUCAUCUUUGACGUGGAGCUGCUCAACUUAGAGUGAAGGAACUUAGAGUGAAGGCAGGAAGGACCUCGAGGUGGCUGGAGACGGCUCCCGCUCUCUGUCCUAGCCUGCUCUGCCACUGGGACGGCCCCUCCUAGGGAGGGCUCUUGAUCAGUGUGCUGACAUCACUGCCCCGCGACACUAUCCGUUCUUCCCGCCCGCCCGCCCUGCUCUGUAUGUGUCCGCCAUUUGAUUGUUCCCAUACAUCUUUGCUUGAGGAAAUUUAGUGACAGAUCCAGACAUUUCAGGUUGUGCGUUUUGUGUGAUGCAUGUGGUAGCCAUUCCCGAUCGGGGGACACAGACCUUGUUUGCACAACCUAUAUUGCCUUACCUGCACUUAAGCCAGACACACAAGGUGCUCAGACACGCGCUGUACAUGGUUUCACGGAGGGACUUGAACCGGUUACCCUUGCUGUCACUUUUCUCCUGUUGGCUGCUCACCUUAAGCAGCUCCCUCUUUGGAAAUACCUGUGUAAAAUAAAGGCUCCAUGCUUGGCAUCUUCCUGGCCA